UUUUUCUCCAUAUAGGUUUCUUUAUCUCUCGUUUUGGAGUUUGAUGGUUUUUCUUUGGUUUUCCUUGUGAUCUCCUGAGGAAAUCUCAUCUUCUUGAUUUGAUUCGAUUCAGUUCUUCUCAAAGUUUUGUCCUUUAUCUACAUUGUCUGUGGUUCUCUUUGUUUAUUGGCUCUGUCUUUAAGAAGCAAUCAGUCUCAUAUAGUGGCAAAGAUGGUUGCAGAACGCUUCACAGUCGAUUUGAAUAAGCCACUUGUCUUUCAGGUUGGUCAUCUUGGCGAAGAAUAUCAGGAAUGGAUUCAUCAACCUAUUGUAUGUGUAGAGGGUCCUCGUUUUUUCGAAAGUGAUUUUUGGGAGUUCUUGACUCGUACGGUUUGGUGGGCAAUCCCAACAAUUUGGCUUCCAGUUGUUUGCUACGUUCUUUCAAUAUCGGCGAGUAAGGGGCUUACAUUUCCCCAGAUUGGUUUAAUAGUUGCCUUUGGCGUACUCACGUGGACACUGCUCGAGUACACGCUUCAUCGUUUCCUUUUUCACAUCCAAACCAAAAGUUACUGGGCAAACACUGCACACUAUCUUCUUCAUGGAUGCCAUCACAAGCACCCACAAGAUGGCCUUCGUCUUGUUUUCCCUCCUACCGCAACAGCUAUACUCUUGGUUCCACUGUGGAAGCUUCUCCAUCUCUUAGCUACUCCUGCUACAGCACCUGCUCUGCUUGGAGGCAUAUUGUUCGGCUAUGUGAUGUAUGAUAUUACUCAUUACUAUCUACACCAUGGUCAACCUAAAGAACCAACCUUUAAACAUCUUAAGAAAUACCACCUGAAUCAUCACUUUAGGAUUCAGGACAAAGGAUAUGGAAUCACUUCAUCUCUCUGGGACAAAGUCUUUGGAACACUUCCCGGUAUUAAAGCCGCAGGAAAGAAGAGCUAAAUCGAAUUUCUGUUUGCCAUUUUCAGAGUGUCGAAAAACUUACUGAUAUUGUGUAUGAUGAUUCAUCAGGUGAUUCAAUGACUGUUUAACUACUACUGUAUACGAUCUAUUCACCAUAUAUGAGCAUAUUUAGUAGUGGUGCCUAAA